AUGUAUUCUAAAGUUUUGUCGGUGCUAGCCCUAACAGCAUUAGUCCAAGCUGGAGUUUUGGACUACAAUCACGGUCAUGCUACAUCAUAUGCCUCAUCAAAUCUUGGUGAAUCAGAAAAUGGGCACGGAUAUGCUGCUCCUGUUUUAAGCCAUGCUUAUGCCGCUUCAGUAGCUGCUGCCCACGGAUAUGCUGCUCCUUUAAGUGCCCAUGGUCAUUCCGCACAACAUGACGUAGACUAUUAUGCUCACCCCAAAUACGAGUUCAACUACGGAGUUCAAGACGGUCACACUGGAGACCACAAAACUCAACACGAGGUUCGUGAUGGUGACGUAGUUAAAGGUUCCUACACCGUUGCUGAACCUGAUGGUACCCUUCGUACUGUACACUACACCGCUGACGACCACAAUGGAUUCAACGCUGUUGUUGAAAAAUCUGGAAAACCUGUACAUCCAGCUCCGUCUUAUGGACACGGAAAUGUGUUUUUGGCUCCUGCUGUACAACAUGCCCCAUUAUACCAUCAUUAA